UUGCCCCCUCCCAAGAUGGCGGCGGUGGCGGCGGCUGCGGGGAGCCUGCGGCGGGCGGGCUGGGGGCUGCUGCGCUGUGCGCCGGUGGUCAGAUGCCCGUUGUACCCAGCCCAGCGUGCGUUCCAGGCCUCAGCUCUGCUGAGAGUCUCAGAGGAACAGAAACAGGAGCCGCCACCAUCUUCCUCCCAGCAACGUUUUGAAUCACACCCACCAGGUGACCAGCCUGACCAGGAGCCCCAGCGCUCACACCACAGUUACACUGAUCAGGGUGGUGAGGAGUCUGAGGACUAUGAGAGUGAAGAGCAGCUGCAGCAGCGAAUCCUGACAGCAUCGCUGGAGUUUGUACCUACUCACGGUUGGACAGCAGAUGCCAUUGCAGAGGGAGCCAAGUCUCUUGGCCUCUCUGUUGCUGCAGCAGGGAUGUUUAAUAAUGACGGCAGUGAGCUGAUACUGCAUUUUGUGUCCCAGUGCAACACCGAGCUCUCUAAUCUGCUGGAGGAACAGCAAAAACUGGUGCAGCUGGGCCAGGCAGAAAAGAAGAAGACAGACCAGUUCCUGAAAGAUGCUGUGGAAGCCCGACUGAGGAUGCUUAUCCCAUACAUUGAGAAAUGGCCCCAGGCCGUAAGCAUUCUGCUGCUUCCACACAACAUCCCUUCCAGCCUAAACCUCCUCACUAGCAUGGUGGAUGAUAUGUGGCACUAUGCAGGAGAUCAGUCCACCGAUAUUAAUUGGUACACUCGUCGGACAGUGCUGGCUGGCAUCUACAACACUACUGAGUUGGUGAUGAUGCAGGACUCGUCUCCUGACUUUGAAGAGACUUGGCGCUUCCUGGAAAACAGAAUAGCUGAUGCCAUGAAGAUGGGUCAUACAGCUAAACAGGUACAGUCAACGGGAGAAGCACUCGUCCAGGGCCUAAUGGGAGCUGCAGUUACUAUAAAGAAUCUGGCGGGACUGAACCAGCGGCGGUGAAGAGAGAGGGAGCUGAGAGUCUGUGCCAUGCCCUUUGCCUAUAAGAAGAUUGAAGGCAGAAUCCUCGUGCGCACAAGAAUACAGAGCUAUCACAGCAAUGAACAUCCCCAGCACUGUUAAAAUUCCCCACCCCCGGCACAAGCCUGUCUAGCAGAAUGGCACAAGCAUCUAUAUUUGCUGGGAUCUGUAAAUAAUUUAAGACCAGGCUUCCUAGUUGUGCUGCCUGUUUUGAUUAGACUUUCCUAGUAUCCCAGGUGUAGUAAAAACACUGAUUAGCACGUUAUUAGAAAAUUGUGAGGAAAGGUUGAUUGGACUGAAUUAGUCCAGCCCCCAAUGCCAUCGUUCAGUUGCACUCCCCCUGCCCCAGUCCUGCAUAAUACAGAGACCACGUGUGCCUUGAACCCCCUAGUGGACAUCAUGUUUUCACAUCACUGAUGGAAAUGCUUUCAGGAAGAGCCCUCACAGGAGGGGCCAGUUGGCAUUAUUAGAUGGUGCUCUUGGGAAGGCUGUCACUGGGGAUAUCCUUUCACUGUUUUUGCCUGUGUGAACUCAUUCCUGGAUGUAUUUCUUAUGGGAGUAAUGCAAUCAAAGAUGGUCAUGACAGUGGGUUCAGAGGUUGGGCAUACAGAAAGCACAGAAGCAACCCAUUAGUGACUAUAGCUGUAAAGUCUGCUUUUGGAUGUGUGAUCCACCCUCCUGCUGGGCUCCGGCAAGGGUAGCUGGCUGACUUGUUUGUAAAUUAGUUAGAAACGAUUCUGUAAAGAAUUAAAAAAGUCCUAUUUAAAGUGGA